CUUGCAGCUUCGCACAUAAGAAAAGACGUUACUCCCCAGAACAAGAACGUUGCAGGCUUGGGGUUCUCAGAUAAAGAAACCUGGAAAAAGAGUAAAGUAGGACUCUAGGGAAGGAGAAGAAGAAGAAAGGAGAUUCUGGCUUUGGAUGGCAAUGGGGGGAAGAUACAAGCUCCUAUUUGCGAUUUCCCUGUUGUUUCUGCUUCUGGAUUCAUGUAGAGGAAGCAAAGUUGGGGUUUGCUAUGGAAGAAACGCCGAUGAUCUCCCAACACCUGAUAAAGUAGCAAAAUUGGUGAAACUUCACAACAUUAAGCAUGUGAGGAUCUAUGAUUCUAAUAUCCAGGUUCUAAAGGCAUUUGCAAAUACUGGAGUUGAACUUAUGGUUGGAGUUACAAAUUCUGACUUGCUACCAUUCUCCCAGUUCCAAUCAAAUGUAGACACCUGGCUUAAGAAUAGCAUCCUUCCUUACUACCCUGCCACAAAGAUCACUUACAUUACUGUUGGUGCAGAAGUCACUGAGAUCCCUGGUAAUGUGUCUGCCUUGGUUGUUCCUGCAAUGCAAAAUGUCCUCACAUCAUUAAAGAAAGUUGGUCUGCAUAAAAGGAUAAAAGUUUCCAGUACCCAUUCCCUGGGAGUUUUGUCUCAAUCAUUCCCACCAUCUGCAGGGGCAUUUAACAGCAGCCAUGCAUUUUUCCUGAAGCCAAUGUUGGAAUUCCUUGCUGAGAACCAGUCCCCUCUUAUGAUCAAUUUAUAUCCUUAUUAUGCUUAUAGAGAUUCUCCAAACAGUGUCUCUUUGGACUACGCUCUAUUUCAGCCAUCCUCAAAAGUUAUAGAUCCAAACACUGGUCUGGUUUAUACAAAUAUGUUUGAUGCUCAGAUUGAUUCCGUUUAUUAUGCUCUAAUGGCUCUCAACUUCAGAACAAUUAAGAUUAUGGUCACUGAGACUGGCUGGCCAUCCAAAGGUUCACCCAAAGAGAAGGCUGCUACUCCAGACAAUGCCCAGACUUAUAACACUAAUCUGAUUCGUCAUGUUAUCAAUGACUCUGGAACUCCUGCUAAGCCUGGUGAAGAACUGGAUGUGUAUAUAUUCUCUUUGUUUAAUGAGAACAAGAAGCCUGGAUUGGAAUCUGAGAGAAACUGGGGCCUAUUUUAUCCUGACCAGUCAAGUGUCUACAACCUGGACUUUACCAGAGAAGGUGCUGUUGAUAUGAUAACAAAUGCAAAUGUUACCAGUUUAAAUGGAACAAAAUGGUGCAUUGCUUCUGGCAAAGCUUCAGAAAUGAAUUUACAGAAUGCCCUAGAUUGGGCUUGUGGUCCUGGGAAUGUGGACUGCUCUGCCAUUCAGCCAAGCCAACCAUGUUUUGAGCCUGAUAAUCUAGUCUCUCAUGCAUCUUAUGCGUUCAACAGUUACUAUAAGCAAAAUGGAGCUAAUGAUGUUGCUUGCAGUUUUGGGGGAACGGGAGUCAUUGUCAACAAGGAUCCAAGCUAUGAUGAUUGCCUCUAUAUGACUGUUGGAGGAGUCAACAAAACUGCAGCAAGUAAUACAACAGCAAUUGCUUCUACUUCUUCCUCUACACAGAAUGAACCAUUCACAUUGAUUUCUAGUUUCUUUGUAGUGACUUUACUCUCAUUUAUUUUGAUCAUCGGUAAAUUCCAAGGGUUAUGAUUUUAGGAAAGCAGUUGACUAGGGUCCAGCAUGGAUGUAUGAAAGCAGCGCCUCAUGGGAUGAGGAAGAGUCAUCAACUAAAGAAAAAAUUUCUGAAACAGCAUGGAGAUGAAUACAACUGCUCUCGCAUUGUCUCUUUUGUGCCAUAUCAAUUGUCUGAGAUGCGUUUUGAUAAGAUGAAUUGUGUAUGUCCUUGCAGAUAUGGUCCAUAUGGGUCAAGCCUGUGGCUAUGUAGUGGUUUUUUUGGUAGAAUGUACUAUAUCCAAUGUAAACCAACUCCGAAUAUAAACUAAAAUUGUGGUAGCUUUGUCCGUCCUUUGUAUCUUUGCUGCAUCCACAAAUUCCUGAAUUGCCAUUUUGUGCUUGGUCUUGGUUGCUCCUCCAUCAAACUUCUUUGCCAUAAAUUGGAGUUUAAAGU